UCCAUCUAUUUUUGAUUCUUUAGUGCGGUGUUAUGAAUUAAUUGUUGGUUUUCCAUGCUUGCAAACAUUUAAAUCACUGGAACUUGGUAUUCUUUAGGGUUUUCUGCAUUGAUAUUUAUGUGUGUUUAUAUUUGGUUGCUAUCUCGUAGAACCCGUUGGCUCUCAUUCGAGUAUUUUGUGUACCUUUUUAUCGCGUCCUUGAAUGCAUUGCUUGACUGUUUUGCUUUUUAACUCUUGUCAUGGAUGGAUUUGUUUCUCUUGGUGGCGUUUUCUGAUUUGGGUUCAUUGUUACGUUGCACAACCACACGCAGCAUUCUUGAAUUUUUACAUUGCUUUUGCAGUUUGUUUCUUCGGGCUUCAGGGUCUUAGGACUUACUUUUUUUUUUUUUCAAUUUUCUUUUGAAAAUUAGCAUUUAUAGCUUCGUAAAGGGUCAGGGUCGGUUAAGGGAGGGUUGAAGUCUUUCAUCUCUCAUCUCAGAGUCUCGGUUGGGUUGAAAGCUGGUCUAGGGUUUAAAGAGGAAGCCAUUGCAGACGCUGUUACAGUAGCCACGAUGCAAGGUCUAAGCUUUGCCAAGUUUCUUUUGUGGUGCCAUUGUUGUACUUCCAACAACUAUCUCUCUGGCUGCGCUGUUAGGGUUGCAAACCUUUCUCUGUUUAGCCAUUGAAGCCAUCUGCUCUCUGUUCCGCCAGUCUCCAACUCUGAAGCCAACAUCCUUAUUGAGUGAUAGGCAAAAUCGCUACCAUCCACUUCUUUGAUCUAUCAUCUCAUCAAUAGAUCUCAUCUCUUUCGUUUUUGUUUGUGCAUUUUCAUUUGUAAGAUGAAAUUUUAUUAAAACAAUGGUGAGGAGCACAUAGACGAAAUCAUGAAGAGAAUGCAGCAUUUCUCAAAGGCUAACCUACGGCUAAAAGAAACAUCACUGCCAGUAUCUCUGUAGUAUCAGCUAUUUAGUACAGUUUGACUUUCUGGGAUAUGUCUCCUUUUGUGUUUUCGUUUGUAAAAUAACAUUUUACUUAUCAUUUCCACAUUUCCUAUUCUCAUGCAGGGUAUUUAAUCAUAUUUUAUCAUAAAACCACCUCUAACCAAAUGAAGAGAAAUUGUUGAAGAUGUUGAUUUGCUGAUCGGAAGGGUUGAAAGGUGCUGGAAGCUGUAUCAGACAUGUUUAUGAUUGGUUUCCAAUGACGUGAGAUGACCAUGACUGAAGCAUGCAACCUGAAGAUAUCUGAGUGGUUUAUCCAACAAUAUGGACCAAGGGUGAACCUCUUUGUGGAUCAUUCUUAGGGAAUGAAUCUUGAGAGCAUUUGAGGCCAUGACUUGGGGGGUAGAAACCAUAUGAGCUGAUUAAGAGACCAAUAAAGUAUUAUGUUUGUAAUUUAUAGCCACUUAAAACAUCUUGGUUUAAAGAACUAAUGGAAGUUAGAGGAGCACCAGCUGUUGCAGCAAGGAACCCAACUCUUACACCUAAGGCUAUUAUACACCAGAAAUAUGGUAGCAAGGCAUGUUAUACUACAGAGGAAGUGCAGGGAUCUUCCCAAAAUGGAUGUCCAGGUCUUGUUAUCCCCCAACAUGGUCCUUGCAUGUUUCGCUGUACCUUGCAGCUUCCAGAGCUCUCUGUUACUUCAGAUAUCUUUACAAGAAAGAAAGAUGCGGAGCAAUCUGCUGCCAAAUUGGCUCUAGAAAAGUUAGGUAUCCAGCCUGCAACAACUAAUCCUACUAUACAGGAAGCAUGGGAUGACAUGGUUGCUCGUAUUUCAUAUCUAUUUUCAAAUGAGUUCCUCUCAUCAACUCACCCACUGAGUGGUCACUUCAGAGCAGCAAUCCAGAGAGUGGGCGACUUAUAUGGUGCCAUUCCUGUUUCUGUCCUUGCUUCCUAUGAUGCAAAGCUUAAUAGCUUAUGCAAAUCCAUCAACCCAAAGGUGGAAUCGGAUCAUUUUUUGGUUCUAUCACUUGUUAUGAGAGCUGCUAGAUUAUCCUGUUCUGUUGUUACAUCUGAGGAAAAGCUUUGGAUUUGGAGGAAAAACUCAUUCUCUCCAGAGACUAUACAGGCUUUAAGUAAUCAACAAUUUAGCUCCAUUGAAGGCAUAAGGAUUAAAGCUAUACGUAUUCCAUGCUCAAUUGAGAAGCUCGUUGAACCAAUCACUCUUAAUGUUUCUUCUGAUGAAUAUUACAUGGAUGUUAUGGCAGGACAACUUGGUGUUACAGAUGCUUCUGAGGUCCUAGUUUCGAGGACUGUUGGCAAGACUUCUUCUGAAAUGAGACUUUAUUAUGCACUGAAGUUACCUCUUCAUUUGAGUUCAUCACUGGAAGAUUCUUUGAAAUUCAAAGAGGCAGUAAAGAGUUCAAUUUUUAAUGCAAGGGCAUAUUGUUUGUCUGGUCAACAUAUUUAUGGGGAUGCAAUCCUAGCAGCCAUUGGAUAUACAUGGAAGUCUUCUGACCUUUUCUAUGAAGAUGUAUCUCUAAAUACCUAUUACAGGAUGCUUGUUGGCAGACUACCAGAUGGAGGUUACAAAUUAUCCAGAGAUGCAAUUAUUGUAGCAGAAUUACCUAUAGCAUACACUACACGUUCAAACUGGAGGGGUUCCUCUCCCAGGGAUCUCCUUUGUACAUUCUGCAGACAGCAUCGGUUAUCAGAACCUGUAUUCUCUAUAAUAAGUAUGGAUAAUUCUUUGGACUCUCCCAAUGGAAUAUCGGAAAAGUUCAAGUCAAAUGUAACAAAUCAAACUGAAGAACAAACAAAUGCAAAUGGAGAAUCAGUUGAUGCUUUUGGAAGAGAAAAAGUGACACUGGCAAGCACUUUCAGAUGUGAAGUAAGAAUACUGUCAAAGAACCAAGAUUUGAUUAUUGAGUAUUUACCAAAAGAUUUUUAUAGAAAGCAAAAUGAUGCCAUUCAAAACUCUGCAUUAAAGGUUCUCUCAUGUUUAAGCAAAUGCUUCAAGCAGUUGUAUAUGUCUGUAGCAAGGCUUUCCUUUGAAGAUAGUCCCAGUGUUUGUGUUCAUCAUGAGAACUUUUUGAAAGAAUUUGAAUUGUGUCCAUCUGUUCAUUCUGUUCAGCGGACAAGUGUUCUUCGAAAAUGCAGUUUACUAACAAUGAACUGCAUGGAUCGUUUAGAUAUAAAGCAGGAACAUUUUAACAUUGAGGGUCCAGAUUCUGGUGUCUUCCCAUCUAAUGGAUCUUUGGCAUGCAUAAGUUAUGUUGUCUAUUUAGUGAGAGAAGGGGAUCAUAUGAAAGAAAUUCUUGAAAGCAGUGAUGAGUUUGAGUUUGAAAUAGGGACUGCAGCUGUUGUUCCCGAGCUUGAAGCAUGUGUAUACCAGAUGUCUGUGAACCAGUCAGCCUGUUUCAGUACAGUUGUACCUCAUCAGGACUUGAUUUUUGCUGCUGCUGGCAAUUCUGUGGAGUGUCUUUCUCUAUUAUCUUUAGAAGGCUGCUUUUUGGAGUACUCUGUAACUUUGUUGCGGGUAAUGGAACCUUUGGAAGACAGAAUUGAGCAGGCCCUAUUCAACCCUCCUCUUUCAAAACAGCGAGUGGAGUACGCUUUACGAUACAUCAAUGAAUCUUGUGCUACUAGUCUGGUUGACUUUGGAUGUGGGUCUGGCAGUCUACUGGAUGCAUUGUUGGAUCAUCCUACCGCUUUGGAAAAAAUUGUUGGAGUUGAUAUUUCAAAGAAGAGUCUCAUACAUGCAGCUAAGGUACUUCAUUCAAAAUUAAGUUCAAAUUCUGAUCCUUCUAAACCAAGCGCAAACAUCAAAUUUGCAACACUGUAUGAUGGCUCCAUCACAGCUUUUGACUCACGGCUGUAUGGAUUUGACAUUGGGACUUGCUUGGAGGUAAUUGAGCAUAUGGAAGAGGAACAAGCAUGCAUAUUUGGGAAUAUCGUGCUUAGCUCUUUCUGCCCACGUAUUCUUAUUGUCUCCACGCCAAACUAUGAGUACAACUCAAUACUCCAGAGGACGACUCUUGCCAACAGAGAGGAUGAUGCAGAUGAGAAAACACAGUCUCUGCCUUGCAGAUUCCGUAACCAUGAUCAUAAGUUUGAAUGGACCCGAGAACAGUUUAAUAGCUGGGCUUUAGACCUUGCCAUGAGACACGGUUAUAGUGUUGAGUUCAGUGGUGUAGGCGGUUCUGCUGACGUGGAACCAGGUUUUGCAUCUCAGAUUGCUGUCUUUAGGAGAGGGCCUCUGCAUCAGGUGGAUGAGUCUUACAGAGGUCGAAACGUGGUUCACCAUUAUGAAGUUAUAUGGGACUGGAUUAGCAAUAAUCUGUGAAUAUCUGCUCUCUGAGAAUUGUCGCAUAAAUUAAUAUUUCUUUCAUAUGGUAGAUUUUGCUUCUCUUACAGAAAAAUUGGUUAGAUAUUCUUUUGCGGUAAUUGAACCAACUUAUCAAUGAGGAUCUUUUUCCUCCAUGUUGCCAGACAGAACUAUGAUUUCUUGUUUGUGUAUGUAUCAUGUAAAUAUAAUGAUAUGAUUUUAUUGGUUCCAAGAAGAUAGUGGAUUAGAAUGUCAUACA